AUGGCAAUUCGUUCAAAACCGAUCAAAAUUUUGCUGAUCACCUCAGCCGCCUUGUUUGUCAUUGUCGCCCUCAUCACUUUGGUCACAGUCCUGAUCUUUGAUCGACUAUUUAUUGCACUUUUAUAUAAACAACUGGCCUUAUUGCCUGGUUCAGCUGUCUACGCCAACUGGAUCAAACCAACUGUGCCUAUUUACUUCUCGGUCUAUUUGUUCAAUCUAACCAAUUUGGACGAUGUGUUAAAGGGUGCGGCACCACGACUACAAGAAGUUGGACCGUAUGUUUAUCGCGAAACUCGUGAACGAUACGAUUUGGAAUUCCCAGACGAAAAUCCGCCUUCAGUUGUCCGUUUCAAACACCGAAUUUUCUAUCAUUAUGUUCCCGAGAUGUCGGUUGCCCCGCCGGAGGAGGGUCUUAUCACUAUUCCGAACUUGUUGACAGCGGUACGUGAAAACUCAGUGCGAGAUGUGUUGGUUUUGUCUGCCGCGCUAGUCACAUCAAUGCAUACUAGUUCCCCCAAAUUCAAAAAUUUGCACUUUUCUCCUCUCGCUCACUCUCAGUUAUUUUUAUGA